CGACAUCAGGAUCCGUUAGUGACGUAACAUAAUGCGUAAACAUUGUUAACUGUAAUUUAAAUAAAUUAUUAUAUAUAUAUAUAUAUAUUGUAUAUUGUUCAGUGCAUAUCUUUCUCAAAUUUUCCCGGCUUUUUUGAUUGCGUAAAGUUAAUAUUAAACUAUGUGUUAAUAUUAAACUACUUCAGCCAUUAAUAGCGUUUUAUAAUAGAAAAUGUUUCAAAAAUGCUUAUUGAUAUUUAGUGGUAUAUCGACUAUAUCUUUUUACAUUUCGUAACCGCGCAUUGUGUUUCGCUAAUAGCAACUAUAUAAUAGAGAUCAUAAUAAUAGAGAGGGUUUCACCGUACACGCGCUUACGUAAGUUAUAGAACCUCCGUUACGCAGCGGGUUUCGAUAGUAUUGAAUCCUCAUACAGUAAAUUAGAUAUAACUAAUUGCAUUAUCCGUCUCUGGGACACAAGUCCCGCGAUGGCACUCUCUCAUUUGAGCGGCGGGCAAGCUCAAGUUCAUAUCGAAGUUUAACAGGACGCCUUAACAGCGUUCCGCUUAAAGUUGCCGAACCAUGACAAAGAAGUUUGAAUUUAAUUGGCGCAUCGAAGUGCCGGAGCUCCUGAGAAAGGGUGCAGUAUUCGAUCGAUGGUUCGAGGACAAAGAGACGACUGAAUAUGAACCGAGCUGUCUAUUCAAAGUUGACGAAUAUGGAUUUUUCGUUUAUUGGAAAAGCGACGGCAAGGACGGAGAAGUUAUAGAAUUGGCUCAAGUGAGCGACAUUCGUUACGGUGGCACGCCGAAGGAUCCAAAAUUAUGCAAUAAGUUAAAUAAACAUGGAACGUUAGAACAAAUAGACGAGAAAAGUUUAACUAUAUGUUCUGGAGUAGAUUAUACGAAUAUACACUACCAGCACAUUGUGUGUCCGGAUGCACAAACAGCUAAGGAUUGGCAAGCUGGUUUGCGCUUAAUUACGCACAGCACAAAAGCAUGUAAUAUUUGUCCAACAACGCAGCUUAUGAAACAUUGGAUGCGACUAAGUUUCCAAGUCGAUCCGAAAGGAAAGGUCCCCGUGAAAGUGAUAUCAAAGACUUUUGCAUCCGGAAAGACCGAGAAACUCGUUUAUCAAGGUUUAGCGGAACUAGGUUUGCCUAGUGGAAAGAACGACAAAAUAGAGCCAGAAGCUUUUACAUUCGAGAAGUUUUACGCCAUGUACUUCAAGAUUUGCCCUAGGAAUGAUAUCGAAGAACUUUUUCAAUCAAUCACGAAAGGGAAAACCGAUGCCAUAAAUUUGUUGCAAUUGGUAGAAUUUAUGAACACAAAACAAAGAGAUCCACGACUCAACGAGAUUUUAUAUCCUCUGUAUACCGAAAAGAGAUGCAAGGAAAUAAUCAAUGACUAUGAGUUGAAUGAUAAUAUGAAAGCGGAAAAUAAGUUGACGAAAGAUGGCUUUAUUCGUUACUUAAUGUCGGAUGAGAACGCGCCGGUGUUUCUAGACAAAUUAGAAGAGUGGAUGGAGAUGGAUCAGCCGCUCUCGCAUUAUUAUAUUAAUUCAAGUCACAACACUUAUCUCAGUGGUCGUCAAAUCGGUGGCAAGAGCACCGUCGAGAUGUAUCGACAAGUUCUACUUGCUGGUUGCAGAUGCGUCGAGUUAGAUUGUUGGGACGGUAAAGGCGAAGAUGAGGAGCCCAUCAUCACCCACGGCAAAGCUAUGUGCACCGACAUCCUCUUCAAGGAUGUGAUCUACGCUAUAAGAGACACCGCGUUCGUCACUACCGAUUAUCCUAUAAUUUUGAGUUUCGAAAAUCAUUGUUGCAUGAAGCAACAGUAUAAACUGGCAAAAUAUUGCGACGAAAUAUUCGGGGACCUGUUGCUAAAAGAGCCUUUGAAAGAUUAUCCCCUUGAACCUGGAUGCCCCCUCCCUCCGCCGAACGCAUUGAAGCGCAAGAUACUGAUAAAGAACAAACGAUUGAAGCCGGAAGUGGAAAAAACCGAGCUCGAGCUCUUCCGUGCAGGACAAUUUGAAGUCAAAGAUGAAGUGACAGAGGAUGCCAGUGCACCAGUAGCAGCUCCACCUCCCGAGCCGCCGAAGGAAGGCGAAGCUGCUCCCGGCGGCGAAGGAACUGAAGAGGUGCAAGCGGUUCAAUACACAGGCAGUACCAUGGCAGUUCAUCCUUGGCUCUCAUCGAUGAUAAACUACGCGCAACCAAUAAAGUUUCAAAGUUUUGAAACUGCGGAAAGCAAGAAUAUACAUCAUAAUAUGUCUUCGUUCUCCGAGACUGCCGCUCUUAACUAUCUGAAAACUCACUCCGUGGAGUUCGUUAAUUACAACAAGCGGCAAAUGAGUCGAAUAUAUCCAAAGGGCACGAGGGCUGAUUCGUCGAAUUAUAUGCCCCAGGUUUUCUGGAACGCCGGCUGUCAAAUGGUAGCUCUGAAUUUCCAAACGCCCGAUUUGCCGAUGCAGCUCAAUCAGGGGAAAUUCGAGUACAACGGCACGACGGGCUAUCUACUAAAGCCCGAUUUUAUGCGAAGACCUGAUCGAAGCUUCGAUCCUUUUUCCGAGGACGUCGAUGGCAUCAUCACCGCGCAGUGCUCAGUUCAGGUCAUAGCCGGACAAUUUUUGUCAGACAAAAAGGUGGGCACGUACGUCGAAGUGGAUAUGUACGGUCUACCGGCAGACACGAUAAAGAAAGAAUUCAGGACACGAAUGGUGCCGGCGAAUGGUCUGAAUCCGGUUUACAACGAGGAACCGUUUUUAUUCCGGAAAGUCGUGCUUCCCGAUCUGGCGGUGCUUAGAUUCGGUGUCUAUGAAGAGAAUGGCAAACUACUCGGCCAACGAAUUUUGCCAUUAGACGGUCUUCAAGCCGGCUAUAGGCACAUCUCUUUGAAGACUGAAGCUAAUUUUCCGAUGGCAUUGCCCAUGCUUUUCUGCAACAUAGAGCUAAAGAUUUAUGUGCCUGACGGAUUCGAAGACUUUAUGGCCGCCUUGUCGGAUCCAGGCGGCUUUUCCAAGGCUGCUGAGAAGCAAACCGAAACAAUGAAGAAUCUCGGAAUAGAACAGACGGAUUCCAAAGCGGAAGCUAAGAAGAAGAAAGAGGAAGAAGCAAAGAGAGAGGAAUUGAAAUUGGAACCUAUCACGUUAGACUCCUUGAAAAAAGAGAAGGGGUUCAAAAUGGGUAAGAAGCAUCAGAAAGAAUUGGAUGCGAUGAGAAAAAAACAUUUGAAAGAGAAACAAACAAUGCAAAAGAACCAUUGCAGCACUAUCGAGAAGCUCACCAAAGGAAAAGAUAAAACUGCUCUAGCGCAAGAUGCCAAUUUGAAAAAAAUUAUUAGUGAACAAACGGCUCAAUGGUCCGCUAUGGUGGAGAAGCAAAGAAAAGAGGAGUGGGAAUUAUUGAAGAAUCAAACACAGAGCGCACGCGAUGAAUUAAAGAGAUUGAUCGAGAUCGUGCAAGCCACGCAAGUUAAACAGAUGCAAACGAAACAUGACAAAGAUAUGAAAGACUUGAAUUCCAAUCAAGCAAAAGUGUCUGUGGAAACGGCGAAGGAAGUGAUGAACGAUAAGACUUUGAAGACGAAGGGUGAUAAGGACAGGCGGCUUCGCGAAAAGAAGCAGCAAAACACGAAGAAAUUCGUGGAUGAGAGGAAGACCAUCGAGAUUAAGCAGAGUCGUGAAAAAGAAAAGCUAAAAGUUACGCACGAAAAGCAAGUGGCAAACUUGGACAACGAUAUUGAAGGGAGUAUUGAAUUGUAUACGAAGGAAGCAGUUGAAUAUGAUAUAUCCUGCAAGGCGCAGUUCUACGUAUAAUUUUUUUAAGCAUUUCUUUGACGUGAUUAUAUUUUAUUAAUAUUUUUGUCUUAUAUUUUGUGCU